UGUACUAUACUAUAUACAUGAUUUGAGACGGGCACUAUGGUAAUAUCAAACUAACUGUUCACACCGCCGCAACGCGCGGGUCUCCCACUAGUCUUCCGUGAGACAAAACUUCGGUGUCAAAGAGAGAAGGGGAAAAGAUGUUGUAACUCAAUUUUAUGGGGAUUGGUUAUGCAUAUUCUUUAAACUUAUAAUCCUAUUCAUCUCAAAAGUUGAACUGGGUCAAAGUGUCAAACAAGCCCUAUAUUUAUACUCUUCAAUCAAUCUGUUCGUCACAAAAACCAAGGGUUUCGUCGAUUGAAUAUCACAGUUGGAAGUCAAAUCUAGUCUAGAUUUGCUGAUAACGAUGGAGAAAGGGAAAGGAGUGAUGGGAAGUCGAAAAUGGGCUGUUGAAUUCACCGACAACUCAUCCACUCCUUCCACUCGUGACAUUCCGGAUCCGCCUGGUUUCACGCGUGUCCCUCAUGAUCAAGACGAUUCUACCCUGAGUCGUCAAAAGAAAGAUGCGGAAGCAAAUUGGAAGUCGCAAAAAGCAUGGGAAGUAGCCCAAGCACCGUUCAAGAAUCUUAUGAUGAUGGGGUUUAUGAUGUGGAUGGCUGGAAGCACAGUGCAUCUGUUUAGCAUUGGUAUAACGUUUUCAGCUCUUUGGCAACCGUUAAGCGCGCUGCAAGGGGUCGGGAAGGUUUUUGCGCCUUACAAAGAUAGCAAAGUGGAUUUACUUGCACCUAAAUUACUGUUUAUUGCCCUUAAUUUGGGGGGUAUGUUGCUUGGUGUGUGGAAGCUAAACGCUUUGGGUCUUCUGCCAACACAUGCGUCGGAUUGGGUUUCGUCUUUGCCUCCUGCUCGUGAGGUUGAGUAUUCAGGUGGAGGUAUUGCUUUACACUAAGAUAGUAAGAUCUAUUUGUGAGCUUUAAUAUUUACGAAUCGCUUCAAUGUUUUCUGCAAUAAUAUAGGUAUCUUACACAAUGUGAAAACAUAUCUUUAUAGUACAUUGUUUGAAGUUUGAACUUUAUAUUCUGUGAGGUUAAGAAAUUGUUAGUGUAGAUGUUGCAUCA